GAAAUUCGAAAAAGCAAAUUUGCUUUUAUUACUGUCUCCUCCUUCUCUCCCUGCUUUGAGACUGUGACUCCACUUCUCUCUCUCAUCUCUCAAGAUCGCUUCACGGUGGUACUGAAUGACUCUUCUCCUCUUCUAUUGCUUCUUAACCUCUCUUUCUCUUGCUCAUGGAGCUCCAACCAUUCACAUUUCUCCUACUCAGCCUCCCACAGAUUCUGAGAAAACAAUUUGGGAAAAUUCUACAAGGAAAUUUAUAGUGGCAGAAACGCCAUUAUAUGGACCACCUACUUACAAUAACCCUCAAGUGAUUGGAGAUGUUUCAGUGGCUUUAGCUGCUCAAAGAACAUUCAGAAAAGAUCCUCUCAAUGGUUUCCAGAUAUAUACUGGAGGAUGGAAUAUCAGCAGCCGACAUUACUGGGCUUCUGUGGGCUAUACAGCUGUUCCUCUCUUUGCUGUUGCUACUGUUUGGUUUCUUGGGUUUGGCAUCUGCUUAUUGGUUAUAUGCAUGUGUCACAUAUGCCAUAGAAGCCAAUCUAUUGGAUACUCAAGAGUUGCUUACAUUCUCUCCCUCAUCUUCCUCCUCUUCUUCACUCUUAUGGCAAUAAUUGGAUGUGUAAUGCUAUACUCGGGUCAGAUAAGGUACAAUAAAAGCACGACAGAGACAUUAGCUUAUGUGAUGAGCCAAGCAGAUAGCACGGUUUCACAGCUUAAAGCUAUAUCAGAUUACCUUACGUCAGCAGAGCAGAUUAGAGUUCUUCAGGUGUCUUUACCGGCAAAUGUUCAAACUGAAAUCGAUCAGAUUGGAGCAAAACUGACUUCUUCAAUAGCUACCAUCACUGACAAAGCCACUAGUAGCUCCAAUGACAUAAGAAAUUUCCUCAAUUCCGUGAGGGUGGCACUUAUAGUCGUUUCAAUUGUCAUGCUUAUUUUGACAUUUCUUGGUCUCGCUUCUUCAAUCUUUGGGAUGCAAGUCAUCGUUUACACCCUUGUGAUCCUUGGAUGGAUUUUGGUGGCUGGUACUUUCAUCUUGAGCGGAACUUUCCUUCUGCUACACAACGCAACCGCAGACACAUGUGUGGCAAUGAGCGAAUGGGUAGAGAGACCCGCAAGCAACACGGCUCUAGACGAGAUCUUGCCUUGCACAGACAACGCCACAGCUCAGGAAACUCUGAUGCGCAGCAAAGAGGUGACGGGACAGCUCGUGGAGCUAAUCAACACAGUCGUUUCUAACGUCUCCAACAUCAACUUCUCUCCAGUCUUUCCCCAAAUGUACUACAACCAAUCCGGACCCUUGCUUCCUCUGCUCUGCAAUCCCUUCAACCACGACCUCACCGAUCGCCCUUGCUCCCCUGGCGAGCUCGAUUUGAACAACGCUACUCAGGCGUGGAGCAGCUUCGUGUGCCAAGUAAACACGAACGGGACUUGCGUAACAACGGGGAGGCUAACGCCUGCGCUGUACGGUCAGAUGGCGUCGUGCGUGAACAUCAGCACGGGGCUGAUCAACGACGCGCCGUUCUUGGUUCAGCUUCAGGACUGUUCGUACGCGAAGCAGACGUUUAGAGACAUAACCAAUAACAACUGUCCAGGGCUCAGACGCUAUGGUUAUUGGGUCUACGUGGGUCUGGCCAUGUUAUCGACGGCUGUGAUGCUCUCGCUUGUGUUCUGGAUCAUCUACAGCAGAGAGAGACAGCACCGGAAGGAAGCUUUGCCAGAAUAUUCAGACAGUAAGGAGAUCGUUAGAGUUAACUUCUGAUGUAUUUGGACGUUGACGUUGUGAGAGAAAUGCAAAAUUAUUAGAUAAUCAGUUCAAUGGAGGAUGAUGUUGUUGUUGUGCUUUUUCUUAUUACAUGUAAACAC